AUGCUGAAGUUAAUCUUUAUCUUACUUUUUCUGAACGAUGCUGUACCAUCAUAUGCUCGUUGCCCGGAUCAUUCAUUUCUUGGAUGCAUGCUUAGACUGAAAGCUCAGAGGGUGCCCAUAGAGAAGAAUAUUUUGAGCCUAAUAUUCAACAUUGGUACAGAAGCAAGACUAUUGCACACCUGCAAAGUCUAUUCUUCUACUCUUCCAUGUUUCCAAGAGAAAAUUCGAGAAUGUGGUGACGAUAAGCAGAAGAGAAUAUUGAGUGAAGUCUCCAAAACAAUCAUGUAUCUUUGUUCACCGUUCAGUAUGAAGAGACAAAAGUUGGUCAUCGAGCAUCAGAAAUGUAUAUCCGGGGUGCUUUCUUUACCAGCAAGUACUGGAUGUCAGUUAGACGAUAAUGAAUAUGGACAACAAGUGAUAUCUUGCAAACAAGAAUGCAAUUCACGGGGAUCUGAUUUUAUUUGUAUGAUGCGAACAUGGAUAUCUGAACAGAAUACUUGCACUUUGAAAGAUAUAGACCAAAAGUGUGGAGCUGAAGCUGCUGGUGUGUUCCAAGAAUUACAAGCCACUGUAUUUGAGCCAUCCUAUCCUGUUGUGUGUACUAUUGUAAACGCAACUGCGACCACUGAACCAACGGUUGAAAAACCAAAACUCUCAAACUUGAAGGAGAGAAAAAUCAAAACUCAGUACCGCAAACCAAUGCAAAAAUCAAAAACAGAGAUUCAAGAGUAUCCAAUGGUUCUGACCUCUCCAGCAACUCCAUCUACUGCCGAAAACAUUUACAUUGCCCUACCUGAGCCAGUAAAUGUUUACAUGCGGCCGCAAAGACCAACUUUUGCGGCAAACUUGACCAACAAUGUUCCCUCCUCAUUGUACCCAAAUCAGGAAGAAAUGCAAGAGAAGUCGAACAUUUGGAAGAAAGGUGGAUACGGGCAGAAAGUGCAAUACAACAAAGAGCACUGGAAACAAAAAACUACAUCGGGAGAAUUCGUUUUCACAACGCAACACCCACUGUUCACGACAACCGAGUAUGGGGCUACGCCACGUAGACAUAAGGUAAUUGACAUUCUGAAGAGUCUCAUUCCACCAAAUCUACCUUCCCAACUUACCGCACUGCUGGAGAACAGUUAUGACAGGGACCUAUUCCCAGAUAUACAGAGUUACAAUACACCUGCCGUUGCUAUAUCUCCAGUUUCAGAGGUGUACCCUACUUCACAAGCUGUGUAUCAACCUGAAAUGGUUACAACUGCUCCAAAAACGACUAUGAUUCCUCCACAACCAGUGAAAAUUACUUAUCGACCUGCUCAAACUACGGCAACAACCCAACCAAUCGUACUGUACCCGGCGCAACCUGCAACUACUGCAAAAUGGAAGCCAUGGUACCUGGGAGGUGCCUAA